AUGGUGCCUCAACACCGAUCUCAAGUUACUGAGAAUGGCAAUGGCAUCAACUCGGCAAUCUUGGUCUCUAAGAAGAGUACCCAAGUGCACAUGAGCUUGGUACGUGGUGGGAAAAGACUCAUGGCGGUUGAGGCGAAUUAUUGCAGCCUGGCAUCAAAGAUGAAGAUCGAUGGACUUGGGUUUAAGGGCCUUCCACGGCCUUCUGUAGAAGCAUGGCUAAAUUGGGUCAUCACUGGCCAGUGCACUGACUGGAACAGCGGUCCCAACUCCACUCCUUCGCACCUCCAGAACAAGCAGCGUCUGUUGAGGCAGCUCGAAUACCAAUCUCAAAUCGAUACGCCGAAUGUCAUGACGAGGGAAUCGACUCGCCCUUCCCCUGGCGGGCGCAUAGAUGCCGACAUUGAUCUGCUGGCACUCCUAUGGGAAGAGGCUCCUUUCCCAAAACUCCCUCGCGACGCACCGCCCGAGCUCAAAGAGUUCGUCCAGACCAUCGAGAAUCCUCGUCAUGUCUAUACUAUCCACUGUGCGGCCCGUCGCCACAACUUCCAGACCUUAGUUGAAAAAUUCAUCGUUCAGCUUCGAUAUGGUUGCGAUAAUUCUUCCUGCGCCACCCCGUCAUGCCUCUCUUGCCGGAAACGCGUCGCCGGAAAGACUCCCAUCCGGCGUUACAACCCGACGAGUGCGAGAACCCUAGCCGUCUACAUGGCUAGCCAAGACAAUCCCGAACGAACACUCUGCCCCUAUAUCCGAAUCGCGAAAGACACUCCCGUGUCAGGAUUGAAUUCUCUCGUCAUCUCCCCUGUUCAUUCCUCACAGCAUCAUGGCGAUUCCCCUAGGAAGGGGAGACGGUCAUCAGACACCUCCAGGGACCAUGUCAACAGUCGAGAUGCGAACCACGGCCCUAAGUCCCCCGAACGUGAUGUUAAGGAAAGAAAUCGGAGCCUGAGUCCCGGCAGUAACUCUUACGACCGCCUGCCUAGGCGACAACGAAGCGCAACUUUCGAGCUGUCCGAGCAGCCUACCAGAUAUGAUCACCGCUCCUUUGCUGCAAACAUGUUUGGGACGGUAGCAUUCAAGAUGUUGGAGUGGCUGACACCUCAUGGGCUUGAUAAUUUGACGAAGAAAGUACAAGCGUUGUCUACAACAGCAGACGGAGAGCAAUCAUCCGACCCGGGGCAACCGGCACCGUCCCGUUCACCUUCGGGCGGCGCCAACGGUUCUGUGUCUACCGACUCAUCACAUCAGAAGGAUAAGCUCCAUGCCAAGACGGACGAUCGCCCCUCGGAAAACCCCUCAGAGAAAGCAGGAACUAGGUCAUCCUCAUCUUCGAAACUCAACGGUACCAGGCGGAAUUCCAACGCGAAGGUCCGAGCCACAUCGACGAAACCGAUACGGAGGUUGUCGACGGACCCUUUCGUUCCGACGGCACAGCCAGAGGAUGCGCCCACACUAGUGUCCCCGCGUAUCACAGGAAUGCAUCCCGAGAAGCUACCACGACCGCCCAAAACUCCUCAAGCAGCAACGCGAGAGAUCCCAAUCGCCCCUCCUUCCCCAGGGGGGUCUUCGGACGACGCCAGAAGCGAAGAGCCUGCCCAGGAUGACCAGGAUCAAGCCGAUGAUAAUAUAACAUCGCCGGAAGAUUCUGCGGAGGAGGACGUUGACGAUACCCUCGAAGGCGAAGAGGAGCCCGAAGGCGACAAGCUGCGGAAGCACGCAGAGCUGGUCAAGAGCUCCAAGGACGAAUCGUCUAUAAUAGAAGACCCUGAUAGCGAAGGCCUAGAAGAUGAUGCGGAGUCUUCCAUUAUACAUGCUGCCCUGCUUCCCCAGUCUCUCAACAAACUCAACUUUGAGAUCGUCGAAUUUCUAUUCAGUGUCCUGCGCGAGGACAGCACUUUUGAAUCGCCAAUGACCCUUCCGCGAGGUAGCUCGUGGCAAGUACAGACGGGAAGGCUAAAGCGACUGCCGGCGACGCCUCGCCCCUACCCGAUACCGAUGAAGAUCGAAUGGAAGCGCUUCGUUGAGCAGAGCGUUUUCUAUGUCAUGAGCGACCCGCACGCCCUCGUUCGGUCAUUCACUAGGAAUGGCAAACUCAUUGACUCGCGCAAUCUCUGGCGAUGCAUGGUACGCCUAACUGAUGCGGUGCCUAGCCUCGUUUUCCACAGCCUUUGGCUCGCGUCGUCGAGUUUAUUCACCCUACCUAAGCCCUUCCAAUCCACAGGUGUGAAGUCAUUCCCACGAUCACACAAGUCACUUUCCAACGCAGAGGCCGCCUAUCUCGUGUCUAUAUGUCUUCACGCCCUGGCCGCUGCAGCCCCCGAGGUAUCCAGUCGCACUGCGCUCCUUGAUAUGUCUCGGUUGCGAUCGGGUGGUGUUGCAUUGUCUGGAAAUGGUGGUCCUAGGCUUCCAGCCAGCUUGUGCCUGCAGUACGACGACGCUUUUUCCAACGACCUUACUUUGCGGCUAGCGAAGCGGCUGUUCACCGCUCUAGUUGCGAGAAAACACUUUGCGACACUGGCCGAGUUGGACGAUGACGACCAGGACAAGACCGAAAAUCUCAACGUCUUGGCGCCUCUCCUAAGCCAGAUGGACUUCCUCAAUUCAGAUGCAGAGAUUGGCCAAGGCUCAUCUCCGAUGCCGCAAGCGUUGCCCAUUCUCCUCCUUGAUUGGGCUCGGGCGGUGGUUAUGCAGGAAUGGGACGGCCAGCCCAUCUUCAACCCCGACAGCGCCUUUGGGGGCGCGAUGCUGUUCAUCGAAACAAUGUAUGAACGAAGGCAGGAACUUCUCUUGGCCGAUGUCAACUUUAGGCUUGACUACGUGGCUGACCGCCUCGACUCUGCCUCACGGAUGAGUCGAAGCUAUGAGGAGCCUAGCUCCGUGUACGAGAGAGUGCGACGACUUGUUAGUGAUGGUCUUGUUACACACACUCACCGCAAGCUACUCCAAGACAUGCUGAGGAGAACAACGUCGAAGUAUCUCAUCCUGAAUGUUAGUCGCAAGACGCCCGUUCGAGAUGCCUUUGACCAGUUGUGGCAGCGCGAAGAGCGGGAAUUGUUGCGGCCGCUAAAGGUUCAUCUUGGAGAGGAUAACGGAGAGGAAGGAUUUGACCUUGGCGGCGUCCAACAGGAAUUCUUCAAACUGGCAUUUGCCGAAAUUUUCGACCCCAGAUACGGAGCCUUCCAGGUGGACGAUCGCACUAGGAUGGCGUGGUUCGCGCCCGGUUCUCUUGUUGAGCCAUGGAAGUUUGAACUCAUCGGCGUGCUCUUCUCCCUCGCCAUCUACAACGGUCUUACUCUCCCCGUCACCCUUCCCAAGGCUCUCUAUCGAAAGCUUCUCGGCGAGCCCGUCAACGAGCUCCACCACAUUGAAGAUGGUUGGCCUGAUCUCGCCAAUGGUUUAACCACUCUGCUUGAAUGGGACGAGAAGGAUGGAUCUGUCGAGGACGUCUUUGCGCGCACGUACGAGUUCUCGGUUCAAGUGUUCGAUAUGCCGAUCUCGCGGAACAUGCAAGGCCCGCCCAUGUCGUGGCCUCGUGCCGCUGUCCCCGCAGAAUCCGAUACGCCCGCUGCUUUCGAAGAGAACCCUGAAGAUGCCCCCAUGGUUACGUAUGAUAACCGCAAUGCCUAUGUCAGCGAUUACAUCGAGUAUCUGACCCACGUAUCCGUCCUCCCGCAAUACACCGCCUUUGAGCGCGGUUUCAAGGCCUGCCUCAACCCCGACUCCCUCAAUAUCUUGAACCCCACAAUCCUGCAGUCCAUUGUCGAGGGCACCCAGGAGAUCGACCUCGCGGAGCUUAGACGUUACACACGCUAUAACGGAUGGGACGCCUCGCAUCAGACUAUUCGCGACUUCUGGAGCAUAGUUAAGCGCUACGAUGAGCCCAUGAAGCGUCGCCUCCUCGAAUUCGUCACGGCAUCUGAUCGGGUCCCCGUCGGUGGUAUGCAGAAUAUUCAGUUCGUCAUCCAGCGCAAUGGUGAGGAGGGGCCUCUCGGUCGUUUGCCCACGGCGUAUACCUGCUACGGCACGCUGCUGCUCCCUGAGUAUCAGGAUAAGGAGGUUCUCAGGGAGCGUCUCGGCAUGGCUUUAGAGAACGCGCAGGGCUUCGGCUUUGGUUGA